AUGAAAACAAGCAGCCUGUUUCUUGUCGAUCUACUUGUUUGGUUCUUGGUUUUGGGAAAUGUGUUAUCCAAUGAUUAUGGUACUUUUAACAAACUUGUAUUGCCCCCAAAUGUCACAGGUCCUGCAUCCGCUGCCUUAGACCGUGGAGGUAAAGGUCCCUAUGUAGCAGUCGCAGAUGGUAGGAUCCUAAAAUGGCAAGGCCCCACAACCGGCUUCCUUGAUUUUGCCUACACUUCACCUAACAGGACGAAGAAAUUGUGUGAUGGUAUAAACGAUCUGAAAUUAGGACCAAUAUGCGGGAGACCAAUGGCUCUUAGCUUCAACUAUAAAACCAGUGAUCUUUAUAUCACCGAUGCUUUUUUUGGUCUCCUUGUUGUGGGAUUCAAUGGUGGGCUAGCAACUCAACUUUCCAGUGGUUUCAAGUACCUUUUUGGUAUCGAUGUUGAAUCAUACACCGGAAAUGUUUAUGUGGUUGACGCUAGCUUGACUUACAACAUAAGAGAUAUGACAAAACCAGGGUUUAAGCCUGACUCAACUGGAAGGCUCUUGAAAUACGAUCCAAGAACUCAACGGGUAACCACUUUGUUAAGUGGACUCUCUGGAGCAGGUGGUCCUUCGGUUAGUAGUGAUCGAAAAUAUGUUUUGGUUCCAGAGGCUGCAAAUGAUGGAGAGUUUUGGGUGGCAGUAGAGAAACAAGUUCAACAUUCCCCGAUGUUGAGUGAACCUCAAGGGAUAAGGGUGAAUGGCUCUGCAACAGUGGUCCAAACCGUGCCUCUUCCCCAUUUCUUUAACAUGGCUCUCGAUGUGGUUCAGGAGAGCAAUGAUGCGCUAUAUGUGGUUCGAGUGACACUGGUUUUGUUGGUGUUUACACAAACUAGAGUCUUGUUACUAGACAUGGUUGGCAAGAACUCAUUAGGAAUCGAUGCUCAAGUAAAAGAAACGGCACCAGAUAUGACAACUUUGAUGAUUUUAUCCCUUUUCGAAAGUCUCCAAAGCUAUAACGAUACUCUUGCAACAUGCCAAUCCGAGCUAGAAGCUGCAAAGUUAGAAGUUCAGAAGUGGCUUGCUUCAUGUUGCUCAAAUGCAGAUAACUUAAUGUAG